AUGAAGCCAUCCUACUUGCUCGCCGCUCUGGCACCCGCCAUGGUGCUGGCCGACCCCGUCCCUCUCGCCAGUCUCGACCGCGUGGUCGCAAACCUGCCCUCGAACUCGAACCCGCUUGCACACCGUUCCCCCCGCCGCAUCAAUACCGGACAUGGUCCCGCGCAACCCACUCCCCGUGGACCCGGCCGAGUCGUCCACCCUGGCGAAACGCGGUGCGCGACAUGUUCUUCAGGUCAGCAGCGAAGGCAGUCUGGGCCAGACGCCGUGGAUUGGCAUGGCAAUUGGUUUGACCUGUACCGCUCUGGCGGCCGUCAUGCUGGGGUGACCCGCUUCAUCAAACGUGCCUUCUGA